AUAUUGAAGUUGGUUAAUUAAGCAGUGAAGAUACAUAUGAAGAUCAUAGUAAGAGAAUCUACGAUGGUGAAACCCGCGAAGGUGACACCAAGGAUAAAGCUAUGGAGUUCUAACCUUGACCUGUUUGUACCAAAUAUACACACACGAAGGGUGUUUUUCUACCGGUCCAAUGGUGAUGCCAAUUUCUUUGAUACAAAAGUUAUGAAAGAUGCAUUGAGUAGGGCUUUGGUUGCCUUCUACCCUUUGGGUGGGCGAUUGAAGGAAGAUGAAACGGGUAGGCUUGAGGUUGAUUGUCAGGAACAAGGCGCCUUGUUCGUGGAAGCGGAAUCUGAUGUCGUGAUUGAUUAUUUUGGUGAAUUUGCACCUACCAUGGAGCUUCAAAUGCUCAUCCCGGCUGUUGAUUACUCUCUACCAAUCGAAUCCAAUCCUGUACUCGUGUUGCAGGUAACCCACUUUAAAUGUGGGGGAGUUGCCGUUGGAGUGGGGAUACAUCAUUACGUCGUGGAUGGAACAUCCGCGACGCACUUCAUCAACACAUGGUCAGAUAUAGCUCGUGGAUUUGAUGUCACUAUACCUCCUUUCAUAGACCGGACCCUCCUUCGUGCCCGCAACCCACCACGCCCUCUCUUUAAACACGUGGAAUACACGCCCUCUACAAAACCUGAAUCAUCGCUUAGAGCACCAUCAAAUGAAUCUGUGCCCUCGAUAUUCAAGUUAUCACGAGACCAGCUGGAUUUGCUGAAAGUCAAAUCAAAGGAAUAUGGUAACACAAUCAGAUUCAGCACUUUUGAGUUGCUCGCGGGCCAUAUUUGGAAGUGCAUUACUAAAGCCCGUGGGCUUUUAGAUGAUCAGGAAACUAAGCUCUACAUUGCUACUAAUGGGCGGACCCGCUUUCAACCCAACUUGCCUAAAGGUUAUUUUGGGAAUGCUGUUGUUAUCACAAGUGUUAUAUCUCUAGCAUGUGAAAUUCAAUCGAAUCCUAGUUCGUAUGCUGCUAGUAAAAUCCACAAUGCAAUAAGUAUGAGGGACGACGACUAUCUGAGGUCAACACUCGACUAUUUGGAACUACAACCCGACUUGAAGACUCUAAUUGGUGGUAUGUUUCAGAGUAAUUACUCCUCCAGUCUUGCAAUAACGAGCUGGGCUAAACUCCCACUGUAUGAGGCUAACUUCGGAUGGGGUCCACCUAUAUUUUCAGGGCCUGGUGGGCUUCAAGCGGAAGGUUUGGGUUUUGUGUUACCAAGCCCGAUUAAUGAUGGAAGCUUGUCAUUUUUCAUUCGGCUGCAAGUCGAACACCAUAAGCUUUUCAGCCAGUUUCUCUAUAAUAUAUGAUAAUAUGUAUGUUAUAUCCGUUCCUUGUGUAUAUUCGUAGUCGCCAUCAUUGUGAUCAUCGGUUUGAAUUAUGUUAUCAUUAAAUAGUGUUUUUAUAAUAAAUUGAACUUCGUUUAUCAUCAA